AUGAGAUUCGGAUUCCGAGAUGGGCGGGGUUCUCCCCAGGCUCCCCUCCAGCCAGAGCCAAGCAACGACUUCACCUUGCGGUUCGCCGAGGAUGGCACAUUCAAGAUCACUGUGUUCUCGGACUUCCACUUUGCAGAGUCCGAAGAUGGCAUCGGUCCAGUCAACGACGCAAAGACUGCCAAAGUGAUGCGAAACGUGCUUGAACACGAGCAUUCCCAGCUCGUGGUCCUCAAUGGAGAUCUGAUCUCUGGCUACGGCACAGUGGCCGACAACGCAACGCACUAUGUAGACCAGAUCGUUGCUCCAAUGGUCGAUGCGAACCUGCCAUGGGCAUCGACAUAUGGGAACCACGACAACGAGAGGUUUGCAAAACCGGGGAAGAUUUUCGAGCGGGAAAAGAGUUACCCCAAUAGCCUGACGCAGAAUAUGGUACCGGGCGGUUCUGAAAUCGGAAUGACAAAUUACUAUUUACCAGUGCAUUCGUCGUCGGGUUCGCAGCAUGAUGCGCCAGAAGUCCUCCUGUGGUUUUUUGAUAGCAGGGGAGGAGCUGAGCGCCGUGACUGGGUUCACAGUUCGGUUGUGAAAUGGUUUGAAGAGAAGAAUGCAAACCUGACUAAACAAUACAAUAGAGCCAUCCCAUCGUUGGCAUUCUUUCAUAUUCCUAUCAGUUCAAUGUUCACAUUCUGGACUCACCCCGGCGUUGACUCGAGGAGAGAACCGGGCUUCAAUGGAGAAAAGGUAUGGUGGCAGGGCCGAGGAUACGAUGACAAAACCGGUCAUGAUACCGCGUUCAUGGCCGCGCUGUCAAAAACAGACAGGCUGCUGGCCACUUUCAGCGGCCAUGAUCAUGAUAAUGACUGGUGCUUCAAGUGGAAUGGUACCACUUCUGAGCAGCCCGUAGCUGGAAAUGGUAUCCACGUGUGCUACGGCCGCCAUACCGGGUACGGAGGAUACGGGAAUCUGGAGCGCGGCGGACGACAGAUUCUGUUGAAAAAAGACACCCUUGACAAAAAUGAAGUGCUGACCUGGAUCCGCCUAGAAAGCGGACGCGUCCCCGUCAAUGUGACAUUAAACGCAACAUACGGACAGGAUGAAUACAAUCCGGUUUCGCGUCAUGUUGGGGUCAAGAGGGACAGUAUGGAGAGCCAAGGUCAUACUUUGGCCCCAGAAAUAUACUCAGUCAUGCUAUUCCUCUUUAUGAUGAUUUAUCUUCCUCUCAGGCUAUGGCACUGA